AUGGCCCUAGAGCCGGUGCUGGAGAUGAAGGGGAUGAGUGACGAGCAGCUCCCCGCAUCUCCCCCUUUCCCCACUAUAGAGGAGGAUGCCAACGUCUCAGCCUCCAUCUGCCCUGAGCGCUGGGUCGAGCCCCGGUUCACGCAAGCAGCGAGGGUGCGGGUGAUCAUCACGGUCAUCUUCUUCCUGCUGGCGGCGGGCAGCAACGCGGCGGUGCUGGGCAGCCUGCUGAGGAAGAGGAGGAAAUCCCACGUGCGGCCGCUGAUCCUCAGCCUGGCGCUGGCCGACCUGCUGGUGACGGUGGCGGUGAUGCCCCUGGAUGCAGCGUGGAACGUGACGGUGCAGUGGUACGGAGGUGACAUCUCCUGCAAGCUCCUCAACUUCCUCAAGCUCUUUGCCAUGUACGCGGCCGCCCUGGUGCUGGUGGUCAUCAGCCUGGACCGGCACGCGGCCAUCCUCCAUCCCUUCUCCCGCGCUCGCCGCCGCAACGGGCUGCUGCUCCGUGCUGCCUGGGUUGGCAGCGUGCUCCUGGCUUCACCCCAGCUUUUCCUCUUCCACCUGGACACAGCCCCAGGAGGGAACUUCACCCAGUGUGUUACUCAUGGGAGCUUCCGAACGCACUGGGAGGAAACCGUGUACAACAUGUUCACCUUCACCACCCUCUACAUCACCCCCCUGAGCGUCAUGAUCGUUUGCUACACCCGGAUCAUCUGGGAGAUCAGCAAGCAGCUAAAGAUCAAUAAAGGUUUGAUGAGAAAUCAAAGUGACCACAUCUCCAAGGCACGUAUGAAGACUCUGAAGAUGACCAUAGUGAUUGUUGCCACCUUCAUCAUCUGCUGGACCCCAUAUUACCUUCUGGGCUUGUGGUAUUGGUUCCAGCCAGCCAUGAUCCAGAAGAUGCCGGAAUAUGUCAACCACAGCUUCUUUCUCUUUGGCUUGCUGCACACCUGCACUGACCCUAUCAUCUAUGGACUGUACACCCCAUCCUUUCGGGAGGAUGUGCAGUUGUGUCUCAAGGGCAUUGAAACAGCCAUUACCAGGCAUGAGAGACACAAACCCGUCUCAGUCUCAGAGAAGAACACCAAGGAUGGUGCUGUAAAUGGUGGGGUGGCAUCAGGGUGCUCCAAUGGGACAACUGUCAACACAGUCUGCUGA